CUGUAGAUCCGGCAAUAUUUCAUUCUCGCAGAAAUACUCGCUUUUUUCCAAUGUCGUUUCAAGUGUUUUUGUCACCGAUUUUUUCGUCAUUGUUCUUUUUUAUUAGCAAGUAGCUUAGUUCCUUUUUCAACGAUGUUCACGCGAGUGUCGCAACAAACGUGAUUGUUUCUCGUUCGAUACGCUACCUUUUUCGAGAAUUUUUUCAUCGAUCGAUACAAAAGACAUUGCACGCGAGAUUUUUAUCAUUUUUUUAUAGAUCGAUAACGUAACGAAAUAGUGGUGCAAGGAUAUAAUAUAUUUAUGACAUAUUAUCACGAACACGUGAUAAGGUAGGAGAUAUAGCACACGUUUGAUCCGUGACUUUCGUACUAUAUACUAAACCAACAACCUUUAUCCUCUCUACACUUUCUCGCUUUUUCCUUUCGCUAAUUUUUUUCAAUGGAAAAGCAGAAUUUAUUAUGAACGAAGGUCAAUUAGAUAUUACUGAAAUCCGGAUUAUCCGGGACGUGGGAAGGUGCAAAUUCCACGGAAGGUUUUGACAGCAUUCUGACAGCAAGAUGAUGGACCGACAAGAUACAGAAACGGUUAGGUGUCCACCUUAUUUUCCUUUUUCCGGAUCAAUCGAUUUCCGCCCAGAAAAAUACGAAUCUUGAAAGUUGGGGCCAAUAACAAGGAAUUUUUCUUCCAGGAUACUGAAGAAUGUUGCCCGACCCAGAGAUAUCACGAAGAACGACGGAAACAAGUGGAAUCGUAUCACGAUCUGAAACGUUGUCUAAAAUGCAAUCAACCACGAUCCGAGAUACCGCCAGAUUUGUUGUUCCAAAAAUAUGGACGCCGUUUUGAACGAGUACGAGAAUUUAUUGACGAAUCCAACGAGCCAAACGUUCAAGAAGUCGCAGAGCAACACUUUAUCGCCGAGGCUGUACGGGGUAUCGGGUUGUAACGGAUCAGCGUACGCUCAUUACCACUCGCGGAAAAGGCAGCCGAAUACUCAUCGACGCCAAUGCAGGAUCGAGCAGGAUCAGGUGCAUUCGAUCAUGAAGAAUAUAUUGCACUCGGCUGAAAACGACAAUAUAUGUUACGAAUAUCCGAGAUCGAUGAAGAACAGUUACAAGAAGGAGAGUUAUUACACGAGGGACGAGCAUCAUCAGUUGGGCGACCACGAGGACGCCGACUUGCUGUACACGAGGGGCAGGUUGAGAUUCAACUUGGCCGGGAAGCACGGGAAUAGGAAGAAGAUGGACUCGGAGGAGGGAGUGGAGGAAAAUGCAAGGAACGUGCAAGGGAAGAAGAAAAGCGAGCCACUGCCGAAUAAGCUUUCCAUCUUGAAAGGUUGUGCCUCGCAAACUUCGAAGAAUAACGAGGAAGAAUUGCCCAAGCAUAAAAGUUUGGCGAUCGACACGAACGACUACACGAAGGAGGAAGAGUUGCCGAAAGAGGAGGAGAACGCGCGACCGAUCUGUAAACCGUGCCAACGGUCCACCACGCGGCAAGAUUCGCCUUGCAGUCCUGGAAAAGAAUCGACGAGUAACACGGAGGAGACGAGAGAGGAUAGCUCGUACUGCGAGUUGGCCGUUAAGGACGAGGAACAGGAUAUUCCGAAUAGGAAGAACACGUACGCUGGAGGGGAUUUGAAUCCUGAUUUUAAUCUUCGAGCGACUAAAAGUUACAUCAUUGGUCUAAUCGACCGGGUUCUCAGCAAGAAAUUCGCCACUUCGCCGGGCCAGCAAAAGAAUACAGAAUCGAAUCGAGAAUUAACGGAGCAAGGAUACUCUGUGGAGAUAGUACGCGCCCUCCGCGGUGAUUGCUACGAAUUGUUCACGAAGGACGUGUCGAGCCAUCACGAGACACCGGCCGAAUGCAUAAAGCGUUUGAAAAACCUUCGGUGGCAGCAUAUGCAACACAUUCAAAACGAGUUUAAGAAACUCUGCGAUCUUCAAAAGUUUCUCGACGAGUAUUCGCCGAGGGAGUCUCUGCUCACGUUUCAACCGAACACGGUCGAGCAACGAUCGGAGGAACGACAACCGCAGCAACAGCAACACGAGGAGAAGCAGAAUUUAGGGACGUGAUCGAUUUUUUUUUUUUUUUUCUUGGCACUUUUCAAUCACAGGAUAUCAAACAUCACAAUAAAAUGCUCGAAUUCUGCUCGUAUUCAGAUUACAUUACAACGCGAAAACAGGGAAUAGAAUCUUUUUAUUAAUCUUGUUAGCACGUUCUAAUCUGUUAUAUUUUUUUUAUCGAAUUUUACUCGAGGCUUAAAACAUCGUGACAUUUUAUUAGUGAUAAAACAUACGCGAUAUAAAAUGAAAUAAAUAUAUAUUUUUCAAUAUA